AUGUCCUCCAUGCGCAACGCCGUCCAACGGCGCAACCACCGCGAACGCGCCCAACCGACCGAACGCUCUAAAUGGGGCCUCCUGGAAAAACGCAAAGACUACAAACUGCGCGCAACCGACCACAAAACCAAGCAAGCGAAAAUCUCCGCGCUCAAAGCCAAAGCCUCCGAGCGGAACGAGGAUGAGUUCUACUUCGGGAUGAUGCAGGGGAAGGAUCGGAGGCAGCAGCGGGCGGAGGGGAGCGGUGGGGGGAGGAGUUUGGAUCAGGAGGUUGUGCGGUUGAUGAAGACGCAGGAUGUGGGGUAUUUGAGGACGAUGUUGCAGAGGGUUAGGAGGGAGAGGGAGAGGGUUGGACGGGAUGUUGUGGCGGGGGGUGUUGGGGUUGAGGUGUUGCCGGAGGCGGUUGUUGGGGGUGGGAGGAAGGUGGUUUUUGGGGAGGAUGGGGAGGUUUUGGAGCCGGUGGGGGAGAGGGGAGGGGAUGAGGAGGGGGUUGAUGAGAUGGAUUUGGAUGAUUUGGCGGGUCUGGGUGGGAGCGAGGGGGAGGAGGAAGAGUCUGAGGAGGAGGAUGAAAAUCUCACGCCAGAGGAGAGGGAAGCUAGGCGGAAAAAGCGACACCUGUUGGAUGUGAAGCGGAGGAAGCUGGAUGCUCUGAAAGACCAGGAAGAGAAGCUGUCGGCUGCACUGGACGAAGUGGAAGAGCAACGCGCAAAGAUGAACGGGUCAAUAGGUGGAGUCAACAAGAGCGGCGUCAAGUUCAAGCCAAGACAGCGGAAGAGAUGA